AUGUUUAUCGUCUGCUGGCUCUCAGUAGUGCAAAUGGAGUAAGAAUGAGUGUGUGUCGGGGAACGGGCGGUCGUGGAAUUUACGCAUCAAAAUGGGCGACCGAGCCAGGAGCCUCACGAUUGACGGCGUGCGACUCAUCAAGGAUCUGAAGGUGGUGGAGUUAAAAGCCGAGUUGGAGCGUCGUGGACUGUCCAAGUCCGGCAGCAAGAAGGAACUAGUGGAACGUUUACGUAGUAGUGUACAGUUUGAGAACACAAAAUCGAAAGCUACAGCAGCUGUCAACGAAGAGGACGUCCCUAAUAGAUGGCUACAAAAUGAAGCCAACCUAGACAAUGAUUUCAUCCGAGAAUAUUUUCAGUCUCAGAAAGCUCUUUAUCGUCAACAAAUAGAAGCACGAAGACAGUAUAGAGAAACUAUAGGAGCAUCUGCUGCACCAUCUGAGGCAGCAAGUGCUACUCCUGCAGCUCACUCGCCCGAGGAAGCACCGAGUAGGGGCAGGGAAAGUGUAGGAAGCAGGAAGAGUAAGGAGAACAAGCACAGUGGCGAUACUCGUACAUCCAGACAAGAUAAGAGUGUAACUGUUGCAGGUACUGCAACGUUCAAUGUCACCACAGCCGUCCCCACGGUCAAGACUGUAGCAGCUCCCGCCAUAAAGAAUACCACAACAUUUGCUCCUAGGGUUUCAGCAGUUUCCACCACUUCCAGAACGUCCCCAGCGUCUUCUGAGAGUGUUUCAACUCCAGCUGUCAAGACCACCACUACAUCCAUUGUUAAAACCAACCAGUCGUUAACUAAAUCUUCAUCUAUUGUCUGUAAUAGUGUUCCAGUCACUGCUGUUCCAGGUGUUAAACCGUUGGCUGGCAAACAGGUGUUUGCCAGACAAGGCACAGGCACACCAGAUAGUGCAACUGCCCCUCUUUCUUCACCACAACACUUCACCUCAUCCUCUGCUCAUCCCACAACACCUAAGGAACGCCUUUUGGCCCCUCUAACUCUCAAGGUUAAGAAGUUGAAGAGUGAGACAUCAACAGUACCUAGUCCAGACACACCCUCGACCUCCUCAAACUGCUGCAGACCAAGCAGAAGCUCUGCUCGUGCUGCUCGAGUUUUGAGUAGAGUAUCGCUUGAGGAUUCAGAGGAAGAGGAGGAAUCGGAGGAGGAACAACGUCACCAACCAUCACGACGCUAUCGAAAACGGCCUGGCAGACACUCUCAAGGCCACGAGGACCCAGAUUACCAAGCUAGCCCUAUUAGUGGUUCCCCACACAGUGAUCUCAAAGACCGAGUGCCGUCUCUUAAGAUUAAGUUACCUGACCCUGUGCCUAUUCCUGUUGAAGAGAAACCAAAGAAAAAGAUUGAAAGUUAUAAUAGUGAUAAGAGUGAAUUAUCUCUUCUUAUUGAUACUAAGUGUAGACAUAUAAAUAAUUAUAAUAAAAAACCUGUAAAUGAUCAACCACAUGAAUCUGGUAUAGGCCUACCUGAAGUGAGCUUACAGUCUAGUAGUGAUAACAGUGCCUCUGGUAGUCACCAGAAACUGUGUAAGACAUUAGUGAGUGAAAGUAUUGAUGAUUCAAGUAAUAGAAAGUUAUUGGUAAAAGUCAUUCCAUCGGUGUCAGGACUUGGGACUUCCCUGAAUAAGCGUGAGAAUCGGCUCCCUGAGGAGAGUUUACAAUUGCAGGAACCAAACUCUGCCAGUUUACAACCUAUUGUCACAUUGAAAAGAUAUCAAAGUGAACCCCAGUCUGAUUCACAAAUUACCAAAGAAAAUAUUGUUUUAAUCUCUAAAGACUUCAAGCAGAUUCCACAGAUAGGUGAGGAACAUACUAUUGAGAGAGUGAGAGCACACUUACCUGAUUCCGAGGUAGCAGGUGAAAGAAAAGAAACAUAUAUAAAUGAUCGAGAUAAAAUCCCUAAAUUAGAGGAAAGUGUGACUAGUGAAAGGACAUUGGUUGCAAGUACUAUACAGCAGGAUAUACCAAACUACAGUGAACAUUUGAACCAACACACAGAAACUCACAAAAUAAAGCUUACUAUAGAACAGUGUUCGAAAGGUGUGAAUAUAUGUAAAAAACAAAAAGAAGAAUUUCCCAAAAAACAAUUAGUUGCAAAUGAUGACUCUAAAAGUACUUUUAUUGGUAAUGUAGAUAAUAGUUUAAAGAAUGCCAGUAGAUACUUGGAUAAGGAGGAGACCUGUGUUCAGAAGGAGGUUCAGUCUGUAAAAUAUAUUGCUGAAGGAAGUUCAGUAUCUGAAAUCAUUGUGAUACCAAUAGACUCAAAGGGGCUAAUAGCAAGCACAGACAAAUCCAGCAUUCUCUUUGCAUCAGCCCAAAUAAAAUCAACAUUUUUACCACCUGGUAACGCAACAUGUGAAACCACCUGCAGCCCAUCUUCCGUAAAUCUUAGUGCUCUUGUGUCACCAGUUGCAUAUACAUCAGUUGAUGCCAAAUUUGAGAGUUUUGAAACUGAUGAUCCAUCAAACAAAUCUCAUAGUAGAAAAACACUUCCAGACAGCCACAUAAAGAAACGUACCUGUGGUGACAGGGAUUCGGGUAUAAAGAGCAUAGACGAAGUUCUUUGGUCUCCAAGUGGAGAGAUAAUAAGUAAGAAAACCACACCAAAAAAUGAAUUGGUGCCACAUGCUCCGCCUAUCAACCCAUUACGCAAAGCAUCUAGCAUACCAACUGGCCCAUUGAAGACUAAAAUUUGGGAAAAGUUACUAGAUACUGCUCAGAAAAAAGGAGAUAACACAAAGGAACCUUCUAAAGAAGCCCUCAAAGAAUUAAGAAGUGAAACUGGCAAACAAUCAGAACAUUCUAAUGAGAUUUCUCAUUUAGAAAUUGUGAGGUCUGAAAAAAGUAAUGUUGAAAAGGAUUCUCCUGUUGAAAGACAGUUAAGUGUAGAAUUAAAUGCUGAUUUGCAAGGAUUGAAGGAAGUUUCAGGAAGUUGCACAAUAGUAUCUUCCUUUGCAAAUCAAGACAAAGUAUCACAAGAAUCUUCAGUGUCAAAAGAACUUGAAUGUGAACAGAAUGCUCACAACUUAAGUAUCUUGCAUACUCAAAGCACUGUAAGUAAAGGAAGAGGAACUGAAUUACAGUUUGCUGAAAAUAGACAUAUUACAAGUAAUAAGGAAGUUAUAGAACCAUCCCAAGAUUUUAUUUUUACCAAGGAAAAGGCCCAAGAUUGGCAAACAAAUCUGAGAAAUAAAGAUAAUUCAGAAUCUUUAGGUUCAGAUAUAUUAGUAGAAGAGGCAAAAUCUGAAGAUCAUACAGAAAGAACGAACUUCCCUGAAGAGCAAGUUGCUUCUGUUGAACCGACAGAUUCAUUUAAACCAGAGAAUGAAACAAGUGAUCUGAUUUGUCUAAAAAGCAGCCAGGAACCAAAGUUUUCUGUUCCUUAUAGUGAAGUGAAAUCUAAUGAUUAUUCCAGUAUUCAAACAUUAAAUAGUCAGACAGAGAUUUGUACACAAAAAUUAUCAGAUUUAGAAGUGAAUAAUCCCAUAUCAAAUAAGGAAGAAUUUUCACUACUCACAGACUCUAAUAUUUUCAGUAACAACGAAGGUCUUAUAUCUAAUAUUAAAGUUGCUUCAGAUGGAAGAGAAUUAAAUUCAGCUUUCAAAUUAAAUUAUACCGUUGUAAGUGGUGGGGACAAAUUUAUUUCGGAAACAAAAAUUGUUGUUAGGAAAAAUGAAGAAAAGUCUGUUUCAUCUGUAUUGCCUCUUCUAACAAGUGAGGGCAAAUCUGUGUCAGACACAAACUCUUCUACGGUGAAUGAAGAAAAGUGUUUAUCUAUCCAAAAACCUACAUUUCAAAGUGAGGAGACAUCAUCUCUAGUCGACUUAAAAUUUGUUGAAUCCAGAAGUGUGAAUAAAUUUUCUCCCGAAACUAAACCUAUUUCAUCGACAAGCAAAACAACACCAGUAUUGGAAGACCCUGAACCAGUUCAGUCAAGGAAAAGUGAAAAGUUUUCAAUAGACAGGGUUCUUGAUAAAUCAAUUGGAGAGAAAACAUAUGAGCCAUACACAAAAUCUGUUUCGUCGGGUGAGAAUAAAUUUUAUUCCGACACUGCACCUUUUGAAUUAGGUGAAAAGAAAUCUGCUACAGACACUGAAUUUCUUACAGUAAAAAGUGAGGAAAAUUCCAGAAACCCUGAAGUAGAUCAAUGUAAAGAGGAAAAAUUUGCUCCAAAUGCUAAAUCUCUUGUAAUAAACACUGAGGAAAACUUUACUUCAGACAAGGAGUCUUAUCAAUCAAGUAGUGAGAGAACAUAUGAUUCAUGCACUAAUUCUGUUGUGUUGAGCGAGAAAAAAUCUGAUCCCGACUCUAUAACUGUUGCAGUAGAAAGCGAUGAAAAUUCUGUAGAGAGAGAGAAACCCGAAUAUAGGAGUAAAAGAAUUUCUCCAGAUACUGAGCCUUUCAUAUUCAAUGACGACAAAUCUGCUUUAGAUACUGUACUUGUUACAUAUGCUAGUGAGAAAGUAGAAAGGGAAGUAGUAGAAGAGGAAGUAGAUCAUUCAAAUAGUAACGAAAACUGUGAUCCAGAUACUAAGCCUUUUAUAUUAAGUGAUCAAAAAUCUAAUCAAGAUAUAAAACAUUUAAUAUUAAGGGAGGAAAGAUCUACUUCAAACACUGCAUCUCUUACAAGAAGUGAACAGAAUUAUACAAUAUACAGGGAACCCAGUCAGUCAAGUAGUGAGGAAAGAGCUGAUCCAGACACUGUUCCUGUUACAUUAAUUGUUGAAAAAGCUGGGCCAGAUACUAUACCUGCUCCAGACACUGAGCCUGUUGCAGUAAGUGAGGAAACAGCUGAUCCAGACACAGCACCUGUUGCAGUAAGUGAGGAAACAGCUGAUCCAGUCACAGCACCUGUUGCAGUAAGUGAGGAAACAGCUGAUCCAGUCACAGCACCUGUUGCAGUAAGUGAGGAAACAGCUGAUCCAGUCACAGAACCUGUUGCAGUAAGUGAGGAAACAGCUGAUCCAGACACUGAACCUGUUGCAGUAAGUGAGGAAACAGCUGAUCCAGACACUGAAUCUGUUGCAGUUAGUGAGGAAACAGGUGAUCCAGACACUGUACCUGUUGCAGUAAGUGAGGAAACAGCUGAUCCAGACACUAAACCUGUUGCAGUAAGUGAGGAAACAGCUGAUCCAGACACUAAACCUGUUGCAGUAAGUGAGGAAACAACUGAUCCAGACACUGAGCCUGUUGCAGUAAGUGAGGAAACAACUGAUCCAGACACUAAACCUGUUUCAGUAAGUGAGGAAACAACUGAUCCAGACACUAAACCUGUUGCAGUAAGUGAGGAAACAACUGAUCCAGUCACAGAACCUGUUGCAGUUAGUGAAGAAACAGGUGAUCCAGACACUGAACCUGUUGCAGUAAGUGAGGAAACAGCUGAUCCAGACACUGAAUCUGUUGCAGUAAGUGAGGAAACAGGUGAUCCAGACACUGUACCUGUUGCAGUAAGUGAGGAAACAGCUGAUCCAGACACUGAAUCUGUUGCAGUAAGUGAGGAAACAGGUGAUCCAGACACUGUACCUGUUGCAGUAAGUGAGGAAACAGCUGAUCCAGACACAGAACCUGUUGCAGUUAGUGAAGAAACAGCUCAUCCAGUCACAGAACCUGUUACAGUAAGGGAGGACACAGCUGAUCCAGACACAGAACCUGUUACAGUAAGGGAGGAAACAGGUGAUCCAGACACAGAACCUGUUGCAGUAAGUGAGGAAACAGGUGAUCCAGACACUGAACCUGUUGCAGUAAGGGAGGAAACAGCUGAUCCAGACACUAAACCUCUUACAGUAAGUGAGGAAACAGGUGAUCCAGACACUGAACCUGUUGCAGUAAGUGAGGAAACAAGUGAUCCAGACACUGAACCUGAUACAGUAAGUGAAGAAACUGGUGAUCCAGACACUGAACCUGUUGCAGUAAGUGAGGAAACAGGUGAUCCAGACACUGAACCUGUUGCAGUAGGUGAAGAAACAGGUGAUCCAGACACUGAACCUGCUACAGUAAGGGAGGAAACAGCUGAUCCAGACACAGCACCUGUUGCAGUAAGUGAGGAAACAGCUGAUCCAGAAACAGAACCUGUUGCAGUAAGUGAGGAAACAGCUGAUCCAGAAACAGAACCUGUUGCAGUAAGUGAGGAAACAGCUGAUCCAGACACAGAACCUGUUGCAGUAAGUGAAGAAACAGCUGAUCCAGUCACAGAACCUGUUGCAGUAAGUGAGGAAACAGGUGCUCCAGAGACAGAACCUGUUACAGUAAGUGAGGAAACAGGCGAUCCAGACACAGAACCUGUUGCAGAAAGCGAGGAAACAGCGGAUCCAGUCACAGAACCUGUUGCAGUAAGUGAAGAAACAGCUGAUCCAGUCACAGAACCUGUUGCAGUAAGUGAAGAAACAGCUGAUCCAGUCACAGAACCUGUUGCAGUAAGGGAGGAAACAGCUGAUCCAGACACAGAACCUGUUGCAGUAAGUGAAGAAACAGCUGAUCCAGUCACAGAACCUGUUGCAGUAAGUGAAGAAACAGCUGAUCCAGACACAGAACCUGUUGCAGUAAGGGAGGAAACAGCUGAUCCAGACACAGAACCUGUUGCAGUAAGUGAAGAAACAGCUGAUCCAGUCACAGAACCUGUUGCAGUAAGUGAAGAAACAGCUGAUCCAGACACAGAACCUGUUGCAGUAAGUGAAAAACAGCUGAUCCAGACACAGAACCUGUUGCAGAAAGCGAGGAAACAGCGGAUCCAGUCACAGAACCUGUUAGUAAGUGAAGAAACAGCUGAUCCAGUCACAGAACCUGUUGCAGUAAGUGAAGAAACAGCUGAUCCAGACACAGAACCUGUUGCAGUAAGUGAGGAAACAGCUGAUCCAGACACAGAACCUGUUGCAGUAAGUGAAGAAACAGCUGAUCCAGUCACAGAACCUGUUGCAGUAAGUGAAGAAACAGCUGAUCCAGUCACAGAACCUGUUGCAGUAAGUGAGGAAACAGCUGAUCCAGACACAGAACCUGUUGCAGUUAGUGAAGAAACAGCUGAUCCAGACACAGAACCUGUUGCAGUAAGUGAAGAAACAGCUGAUCCAGACACAGAACCUGUUGCAGUAAGUGAAGAAACAGCUGAUCCAGACACAGAACCUGUUGCAGUUAGUGAGGAAACAGCUGAUCCAGACACAGAACCUGUUGCAGUUAGUGAAGAAACAGCUGAUCCAGACACAGAACCUGUUGCAGUUAGUGAAGAAACAGCUGAUCCAGUCACAGAACCUGUUGCAGUAAGUGAAGAAACAGCGGAUCCAGACACAGAACCUGUUGCAGUAAGUGAAGAAGCAGCUGAUCCAGACACAAAACCUGUUGCAGUAAGUGAAGAAACAGCUGAUCCAGUCACAGAACCUGUUGCAGUUAGUGAGGAAACAACUGAUCCAGACACAGAACCUGUUGCAGUAAGUGAAGAAACAGCUGAUCCAGACACAGAACCUGUUGCAGUAAGUGAAGAAACAGCUGAUCCAGACACAGAACCUGUUGCAGUAAGUGAAGAAACAGCUGAUCCAGACACUGAACCUGUUGCAGUUAGUGAGGAAACAGUUGAUCCAAACACUGAACCUGUUGCAGUUAGUGAGGAAACAGUUGAUCCAGACACUGAACCUGUUGCAGUUAGUGAGGAAACAGUUGAUCCAGACACUGUACCUGUUACAGUAAGUGAGGAAACAGGUGCUCCAGAAACUGUACCUGUUUCAGUCAGUGAGGAAACAGGUGCUCCAGACACUGUACCUGUUACAGUAAGUGAGGAAACAGCUGAUCCAGACACAGAACCUGUUGCAGUAAGUGAGGAAACAGCUGAUCCAGACACAGAGCCUGUUGCAGUAAGUGAGGAAACAGCUGAUCCAGACACAGAACCUGUUACAGUAAGUGAGGAAACAGGUGGUCCAGUCACUAAACCUGUUGCAGUAAGUGAGGAAACAGCUGAUCUAGACACAGAGCCUGUUACUGUAAGUGAGGAAACAGCUGAUCAAGACACAGAACCUGUUACAGUAAGUGAGGAAACAGGUGGUCCAGUCACUAAACCUGUUGCAGUAAGUGAGGAAACAGCUGUUCUAGACACAGAACCUGUUGCAGUAAGUGAGGAAACAGCUGAUCCAGACACAGAACCUGUUACAGUAAGUAAGGAAACAGCUGAUCAAGACACAGAACCUGUUACAGUAAGUGAGGAAACAGGUGAUCCAGUCACUAAACCUGUAACAGUAAGUGAGGAAACAGGUGAUCCAGACACUGAACCUGUUACAGUAAGCGAGGAAACAGGUGAUCCAGUCACUAAACCUGUAACAGUAAGUGAGGAAACAGGUGAUUCAGACACUAAACCUGUUACAGUAAGUGAGGAAAAAGUUGAUUCUGAGAUUAUUCCUGUUGUCACAGUAAGUGAGGACAAAACUAGUCGAGACAGUAAACCUGUCGCAGUACGUGAGGAAAAAGUUGAUUCCUGCAGUAAACCCGUUUCAUUAAGAAGUGUAGAAAAUUAUGCUGACAGAGAACCUGACAAACUAUGCAGCUGGAUAAAAUCUGAUCCAUGUACUGAACCUGCUGUUAUAUCCAAAAGUGGGGAAAAUUCUACUCCAGAUAGGAUCUCUGACGAGUCAGGUAGCAAGGAAAAGUUUGAGCCAGGUAUUGAAUCUAUUGGACUAAGGAAGGAAAGUUUUUCUCAAGAUGCUAAACCUUUUCAAUUAAGUGUGGUAAUUUCAGUUCCAGAAACUAGAAAAGUUUCAUCAAGUGAAGAAAAAUAUAACUCUGGCAAUAAACGUAUUAAAUUAAGUGAGGAAGAUUUAACAUUAGAUGGUAAAAAGCAUAAAUCCAAAAGUGAUAAAAAGCCUUUCUCAGCUCAUGAAAUUUCUGCAUCACAAAAAGACGAUUCUUUUAAUGCCAAGUUUGAUAAAUUAAUCGAGGAAAUAUUUGCUCCUGAAACUGAACCCGUUUUAUUGAGCGAGGAAAACGACAACUCUGAAGCAAACCCUAAACAAACCAGUACGAAGGAUGAGCUUCUCUUGUAUGACAAACCUGUUGCAUUAAGAAGUGAUGAGAAAUCUACUGUAGAAAUUACAAGAGCAGGUUUAUCAGUAAGUGAGGAAAUACCCUAUCCUGAUAUUAAACUUGUUGCAUUAAGAGGCCAGGAAAGCUCAGCUUCAGACCACAAGUCUGACAAUUCAAUAAACUUGGAAAAGCUCGUCUUAGAGCACCAAUUUGUUCCUUCAGUUUCCUCAGGAAGUGAGGGAGAACCAAUUUUACACAACGCAUCUGUUGUGCUAUUAAAGAAGGAAACAGGUUUUGCAACAGAAUCUGUAGCAAGAAGUGAAGCAGGGUAUUAUUCUGAAGCAUCAUCAGGUGUACCAGAGAACAAAGAUAACUUAACAAAGAAGGAAGAAUCUGGUGUAGAUUCAAAAGGUGUUGGUAUUACUUGUAAAGCCAAGUCAGUUUUAGAAUUAAAAUAUAGUGAAUUGAGAACAGACAGAUCAAAGUUAAAAUCAGCUGAAAUAAACUGUAAUCUAGAGGCUUCCUCACAAAAAAAAGUAUUUAAUGCUAAACAUCAAUCGACUUCAGAUUCGAGGGUAACUGAACACGCUUGUAAAUUAAAGUCUUCUUUUGACUCUGAAACCAAACCAGCUGAAUCUAGAUCUGAGGUAGAGUUUGUUAUAGAAGGUGCUGCUGAAGCAAGGACAAAAGAAACUAAACUUGACAUUCACUCUAUAUCACAAUCAAAUGCAUCAAAAUUUACACCCAGAGUAGAACCUUUAGUGGAAGCGAAAGAAAGUGUUGACAGUAUUAAAGUUGAAAGUUUUGAUAAGGAAGGUGAUAAAAGUGUAAGUAAAAACACUAAGGCAGAUUAUUCUUGUGGGUCAGAAAUAAAGGAGCAUCAUACACUUUGUAAGGAGUCUGUUAUAAGUAACCCUCUUCGUAGUGAAGAUAACGCUACUACUAAAGCGAGUGAAUCUUUUAUAUUAAGUGAAAAAGAGCCUCAAGUGAUUCAAGAAGUUGGUACUGUCUCUAAUAAGAGCUUUUCUGCAGAAUUGACACCUUGUGUUCAAAGUUCACAUAUAACUUCCCCCCCAUGUGUAAUUCAGUCAAACUCAGUGUGUAAGUCUACUCAAGAAUCAAAAUCAUUUGGAAAUUGUAAUCCAAUAUUUGAAUUUAGAAGUACAGUUAAUAAAUCUCCUCACCUUGAUAUAAGUCAAGAACAAGUCUCUCCUCUAAUCAGCAAACAGAAACUUGAAAGCUUGGUCAACCUUGACCAAAAAUUUCAAGAUCAAACUCAUUUGAGUAAUACUUGUUACAAGACUUCAGACACUGUUCAAGAAACUAAAACAGGUGUAUCAGAAAAGUCAGUUUUCGAGGAAUUGGAAGCUAGUCCAAGAAAAACUAAAGAAUUAUCGACUAUCCAUCAGACAAAAGUUGGGUGUUUAGGAAACUCUGGUUAUAUUGCUACUCUUCCUAAUAAGGAAGUAUUUUCUUCUAUCAUAGAUGGAAGUGUAGGCAGUUCUGACGAGAAAAUCACAGCUUGUCAAGACAGCUUAGUUAUAGAAACAGGGAGAAAACGUGCAGAUUCAGAAAAGCAUUGUGUUAAAGAAAAGGAUUCUAGUAAAUUUGAUACUAUAGCAACAUACAAGUCUGAUGGACCAGGAUGUUCUAUGUCAUUCAGUAAUAGCAUAACUCAGGAUAGAGAAUUAAAUAAAAGCACCUACAUUAACCUGACUAAAAAUACUUUACUCCCGGGUGAGAUUUACCUGGAAAGUGCGGAAAGUGAGUUAAAAUUGAUUCAUAGCAACUCUCAAGGCUUAACAAGUGCACCCCAUAGAGAGGAGGAAGUGGUUACUGAAAAAUUUAAGUUUAAAACUGUUGAUAAAUUUUCAGGUUCCAAGAAUACAGAGAACUUUAUUGAACAGGAAGGUAAACACAAAUCUUCAAUCAGUAGAUUUUGGGAAAUACCAGGUGGAAAGUCUGCACCCCUUAAAAGCUCAAUUCCUCUUUCAAGUGAAACUGUUACAAACUACAAAAACCAAAGCCCGACUCUAGACUGCACACCAACAGAAGAAAAAGUUCAGCUUGUUGACAAUCUCCGAUCCACAAAGAGCAUUAGCCCUUGUAGUUUAGAGACUCUAAAAGAAGUAGCUUACUGUGCUGAUAGCUCAGCAUCUGCAAAAGAGAAGAAUUGUCAUGUUCAUAAUUCCACAACAAAACAAAAAAUAAUUUGUCCUGUUAGUAAAUCUGCAACAAGUACCGAGAUCAACCUUGUUUCAAGUGAACCAACCACAGUUCAGUCAGAAACUAAUUCUGCUGUGUGUGGUACAGUUAGUACGACUGAAACACACUCGCUGGUAAGGAUAGCAACUGCAAAACAUUUAAAAACUGAGGUAGUUCAGAGUGACACCAAAAGUAGUAUUCAACCAGUUGUAAGUCCAGCAGAUACAGAUUCAUUUGCUAAUACAGCAGUCACAGACAAGUCAGAAGCUCAUCCUGUUGUCAGUGCUGCAGCAACUAACUCUGAAGACAAUUCUUUUGUAAAGUCUGAAUCCAGAAAACAGUUACAAAUAGGAACUGCUGAGACUGACACAUAUCAGCAUUUAGAUGCAGUGACCUCAAGAAUAGGAGCUGACAACAUUAAGAGGGAAGGGACUACAAAGGUAGAAUUUGGUUUAGUUGGUAGCACAACUUUCUCAAAAAAAACAGCGUGUCCUGUUAUUAACACACAAAUCUGUUCGCUUGGACCAGAAGCCACAAAGACAGACGUGUUACCAAUUGUUAGCACAACAAACACACACACAAAUUUGUUGAGUGUUAAUACUGCUGCAAAGUCUGAAAUAUUCACAACUGUUACACAGACAGCAGUUACUUCGUUUGGGGGUACAGGAGCCCCGAACAUAGGUCUCUCGGUUGAUAGCACAGAAAUUACAAAGGCUGAAGUCUUGCCAGUUGUUUGUACAGAAUCCACAACUUAUCCAAUUAUUGAAGUAUUGUCUUCAGAGAAGACUGAAGAUCCUAAAAUAAGUGCAUCUUCAGAAUCAUCCUUAGUUAACAAGGAAUCUACAGACUCAAAAUUCAGUUGUCUUAAAGUCGGCACUUCGUCUUAUUCAAACCCAGCUUCGGUCGAGAGGGCUUUGUGUUCACCAAAGGUUUUAUUAGUAUCUUCAGAUAACGUGCACAAGAGUAAUAGCGGUGAAAUAAAGUGGGACUUUGAAAAAACAAAUCCAGAUUCCGAAAAAGAUACAAUUGAAGUGAGUGGAGAAAAAUAUAAAGUGCAGAGGGAGAAGAGAGAAAACGUUGAUCUUCAUAGCAUAGCAGUAUCCAAAAGGCACAUUGAAAAAUUAAGGGAAAUCGGUAGCUUGAUACCUCUGGAGUUGGGUUGUGUUAGCAGCAAGGACUCGGAGACGGUCCCACCUCCAGUGUCUUCAAAUAUUGUCACAGAUUUCUCCUUGGAUCACUGCAGUGAAAUAUCCUUGAUCUCAGAGAUGGCUCGUCGUAGGAAGGCAGAAGGGGCAACUGAGGGGGAGAACGAUGCAGCUUCACAGAGCUCUCGUAGAAGUAAGAAAAUUAAUGAAAUUUCUGGGGAAGAAAAUAGCAAUGAUAGCCAUCAAGACGUGGAAGAAGGAAACAGCUCCCGCAAGACUUUGCAGAGAAGCACACGAAGUAAGACUAAGGGAGACAGUGGCAAUGGUGAGGUGCAGGAAGAGGAGAGCAUGAAUUCAAGCCACCUCAGACGUAGCUCUCGUGGUAGGAGCUCAGAGAAAGAUAAAGUUGCUGAGGCAGAGAGCAGCAAGCCAAAAACAAGAAGACUGUCUCAGAGUCAGAAUAGUGACAAGGAGGAGGAGACUGGCUCUCAGAGAGGGCCAACAAGACGUAAGAGUUUGAGAGGAGAGAGCACAGAAAGAGAAGUCCACACCCCUAUUGCAAGGUCACGAAGAAGAUCUUCACGAGGUCGCAGCAUCGAGUUGGAAGUGUCGGAGGAAGAAAGCCAAGAAGGUAAGGUGGGUAUUGGUGGCCAGAAACUAGAGAGCAUCAAAGAAAUAAGUGAAAAUCAAAGUGAAACACCCAAGAAGACCAUGGAUACUGAAAAAGAACAUGUUAGUGAAAAUGAAAAAUUGGAAAACAAAACUCCAAAGGAUGUUUCAAGCAUAGAAGACGAGAAACCCCCUCAAAGUCUGUUGGAUAUUCCAAAGGAGCCUCCCUUGAAAGGGAAAGAAGAGGACAAUAAAGUCGAGCAGCCAGAGAAGAAGGAAGGUGAUGAGACUCCUAAAGGACCGAGAGAAGAGUCUCCUGGAAAAACUAAAGAGACAAAUGCAGAAAGCAUAGUCACAAAAGAGAGACAUUCUGCUAAAAAAUCUGGCAGGGAUAUUGAAGAAAGUGGUAAGAAGGAAGAGGGAAAGAGGAAGAGAAGGUUGAAUACCAAAAAUGAUGAGCACAGAUCAGAAAAGGAGAGUGAAAGUUUUCGUACCUCAAACCCAAAGGAAGAAAAAAAGGAAUCUUCUCGGCCAAAGCUUCAGAGAAAUGAGGUUAAAAUGACAGAUGAAAAGAACCAAAUUGAGAAGAAAGCAAGAAAGGACAGAUCACGUUCCAUUAGUCAAUCGUCUAGUGCCUCACGGUCACCAUCUCCUAAAAAAGUAAAGCAGGAUGCAUCGCGAUUAAGUAACAGGAGAAACUCUGGUAGUGAUGAGGAGAGACGUGACAAGAGGAAGAGUGUAGAUGGUAGGCGAGAUUCGAGGGGACACAAAGUUUCUGUUGAAGAAGCCAAGAAGUCUUCUCGUCCUCGGUUACACAGGAAUGAAGUAACAAUGCUGGAAGAUAAAUCGGAGAGGAAUGAGGGAAGAAGCAGAAAAGACAAGUCUCCCUCAGAAAGCAGAUCAUCUACCGAUUCUUCAAGGUCGCCUUCAAACAGAAAGCACAAAAAGGCACGUUCAUCUUCAUCCUCUAGUUCAAGCAGUUCUUCAAGAUCAAGGUCUAGACAUUCUAGGAAGAGGUUUGGGUUUGCUAAGACAGAGUCUGAUCGCAAGAAGUCGCCAGGAAAGAGGCAGGCUUCCCGUACUCCAGAACAUGAAAAAUUGAAAGAAAACAUUGACGAAGACAAAAUAAAGCACAGGCCUAUUCAUUUCCAUGGAAGUGGAAAAAAAUCUCGGCAUUCUCGUUCUCGCUCAAGAUCUCCAAAGGCAAAGACACAGAAGUCCAGUUCUGGGAUGGGCAGUCCUGUGAGGGACAAGUCACGUUCAGAAAACAGGAGAGACAGUGUCCGCUCAGAUAAGCAGCAUGAGGAAGAAAAGGAGAACAAAGAAACCAAAAUCACGAUUGAUUAUUCGUCUUUCAAAUCUGUGAGGAAAGUAAGUUUAUCACGUGGUAAGUCUCGUGAUGAGGAAGAUGCUGAUAAACCCAAGAAGAGGAAAUGGGGCAAUACAUCUUCAAAGAAGUUAUCUGUCGAUAUUUCUUCUGCAUCAUUAAAGACCAUAAUUCCUGAUGUAAAGCCGUUGUCGGCCUCAGAGGUUCAUAUGGGUGAGGAUUCAGGACCUGAAAGUGGUGAGGCGAGUGACUUUGAGGGACCUGAGCCUCCACCACCCUUGUAUCAAGAGGCGAAAGAAGAGAUAGAGGAUCGUGAGGACCCUCAGCCUAGACGUGAAGUAAGGGAAAUGUCUCCGGUGCCCUCCAAACAGAAAAGACGAUCUUCCACACCAGAAGAAAAACCAGCACGCAAGAUUCAUAUGUUUGAGGGGCCUGUCCCAAGUAGUAAGCCUGCCAUUGCUCCAGCACGUAAUCCACCGUCCAGAGUUGUGUAUGUUCAAAAUUUGGUACGCCCAUUCACCAUUAAUCAGCUUCGAGAGCUGCUUCAGAGGACAGGUCGUCUUGUUGAAAAUGGAUUUUGGAUAGACAAUAUAAAAUCUAAAUGUCUUGCAAUGUAUGAAAAGGAGGAUCAGGCUCAAGAGACGCGUGUAGCUCUACAUGGUGUUAAGUGGCCAGUGUCCAACCCAAAGAACCUGUUCGUGGAUUUUUCCACUGAGGAGGAAAUGAAAAAGAGAAUGGAAGAUUUUGCUCCCCCACCUCAGAAGAGCAUUGAAGAUCGUCGUGAUGAGAGAUGGCGGCGUGAAGGACCAGUGCGAGAAUGGGAUUUGGCCAAGAUAGGUGAACGUUCACCAGGAGAGAGGGAAAGGGAGCGUGAGAGACUUCGUAGGGAAAGAGAAGAAGAAAGGCUGCGUGAACGCAACAAAAGUCGUAGUCCCACCGGACAUGAAGAACAAAACAAAAAACCAGAGGAGCCACCAGCCAAACUUCUGGACGACUUGUUCCACAAAACUAAAGCCCAGCCAGCAAUAUAUUGGCUUCCUCUAACUGCUGAACAGAUUGGUGAAAAAGAAGCACAACGUCGUCAAAAGAUGGCAGAAUUGGAGCGUCUUCACGCAGAGAUGAGAGCUGCCAGAGAGAAGGAGCAUGAAGAGUGGGAGCGGCUAAGAACUGAGCGAAAGAAAGAACGAGAAAGAGAGAGAGAACGAGAAAAGGAAAAGGAAAAAGAAAGAGUGAAGGAAAGAGAGAAGAAUGCUCGCAAAUCCCGAUCAAAGUCUAGAUCACGUCGGAGAAGUAGGUCACCUCGAAGAUCACCUAGAAGAUCUCCUCGUAGAUCUCCGCGGAGGUCACCGAGGCGAUCAUCUGCUAAAAGAUCACCCAAGAGGUCUCCUAAGAGAUCUCCAGGAAAAUCACCAAGAAGAUCACCACAGCGUCAGCGGCGAUCACCAAGUAGGGAAUCUCGCAGAUCAAGGCGCAGGAGUCGUAGCCGCUCUCGAUCACGCAGCUGAUUCCAUUCUGGCAUUUAAUGAGGGGAGCCAAUGACCUUGUGGAGGGUAAUACGAAGCAUGUAAUGUCCAGAUUGCUGAGAGAAGAGUAGCAUGAGGAGUGUGUGCUCAGCACCACGGAGCUAAAAAUAUAACUCGACACAGCUUCUUCGUGCCAGCCCCUCACUACUCCCAAGGUUACUGUUACGUUCAUCUGUGCUGUCUCCCCAUCCACUUCCUAACUCCAUCCUGCCGUCCUUCCUACAUACCUGUUCUUUCCCUCCUACAGGUAUCCCCACUCAGUGCUCUUCUGAUAUUAGGAUUAGAUCUCAUUAUUUCAGCAACAGUUAUUGAGAAAUUUAAGGUGGAAUUAAAAACUAUAAAAGGUUGAGUUGGGGUCAUUGUAAUUUUAAAUUGUUCAUGUUUUUCUGAGCCAGUAGGGAGUCUCUAAACGGCAUGUUUCCAUUAGGUAAGUAUGUUUUGUGCAUUUUACCUUUGAUUAGUUAUUAGGUUAUUAUAGGGUAGAUUAUGCUUAUUUUUGUUUUAUUUAUGUAUCAGAAGAGCAUUGGGUGGUAAGGGAUGUGUUGAAAACGUUAUUGGUGAAGAGAUCCACUGCGCUGUAUGGGCGGGCAACGAGAUGAUUCUCCGGAGUAUCGGCGGGAACUUCGAUGAUCAUCUUUAGAGACCGGCGUAUGUCUUAAUGCUUCCUCAUGGAAUGCCUUUAUCUCCAAAGCUGCACAGCUAUGUACCAUGGCUCAAGAUGCCAAAACUUGUAAGAGAUGGCUAAUAUCUCAAAACAUGACAAUGAGUGUGAUUGAACUAUACCUGUGUCUGUUACAAAAGCUAUUUAUGCAAUGUGGUGUUUUAUAUGUAGAACCACAGAAAGAUAGUGCAACAGAACACUGAAUGUCAGUCUCUUAAACGUGUGUGUGACAGUGUGGGAAAUGUGAUAUACCUUCCCAUCCAGACUUGUAUCUACGAGGAUAACACUGCCGAGGCAGAGUAGUGAUAUAAAGAGACUGGGUUUGUUGACUAUUUUCACAUGAUAUUGCACCAGAUUAUGGUAGAAGAAACAUAUCCAGGCAGGGAAAUGCCUUGUGCAAAUGGGACUUGAGCUAGUAUCAUGUAGUUCACAUUUACAAUUGAUGUUUCUCUGUACAGAGGAACCUUACCCUGAGUGCGAGGAGUACAAAAUUCUUAAUUAUUUGAAACCAUCAGUCUGUUAAGUAUAAGUUAAGGCAUAUGUCUGGUGUUGCAACCAAGCAUUCUCCCAAAUGUAAUUAAUGUAUGUAUUGCAUGGAUGCGCUUAAUUUUUUUUUUAUUUUUUUUUUUAGUAUUUUGAUGUUACAAUUUUCAGUGAGUUUAUGCACUAAGUUUUUAUCAUUUGAGAGAAAUUCAUAAUUUCUUAUGUUGUGAUGACUUGUGGGUGAUUGUUUAUAACUAAAGUCAUUAAAAUUACACCCUUUAA